GGCCGGCGGCGGCGGCGGCGGCCAUGGAGGAGGCGGCGGAGCAGCGGCGGCGGGGCGAGCAGCGGCAGCACCGGGCCGAGCAGCAGCAGCAGCAGCGGCGGCGGGGCGGGGAGGUGGUGGUGAAGGUCGAGAAGCGCAGCCCGCGGCGCUCCGCUUCCCGCUCGGCGCGGGGGGGCAGCCAGUCGCCGCCGGCCGACGAGCGGCGGGGAGGCCGCGGGGGCAGCAGCAGGUCGCCCAAGCGGCGGAGCCGGGCCGGCCGCCGGAGCAGGUCCCCGCGCGGCAGGCGGAGCCGCAGCCCGCACCACGGCGCGGUGAAGGUGAAGCAGGAGCGAGACGAACAUCCUCGUAGAGGAAAUGAGGAGCGAAAGCAGAAAUACCCAUCGGAGCAGGAACACAGGCGAGACAGAAGCGGUGACAGAGACAGACACAGAGAUCACGCAGACAGAAGGAAAGAUCCCAGUGAAAGGCCUGGAGGUCGAGGCCACGAGCGAGAGAGGGAUGCUCAGAACAUGCGCGAGCAGCAAGCGGAGAGAGAGUUUUAUAACGAGAGAAGGCGAGAGCACCGGCAAAACAACGAAGGGAGCGGCGUUGACCAGAAUCCAGAACUCGGGCAGUCUGAUAACAAACCAAAAGAUAAAGCUGCUGUAAAGAAAGAAAAACCAAGCUUUGAACUGUCUGGGGCUCUUCUGGAGGACACCAACACCUUCCGAGGGGUCGUGAUCAAGUACAGCGAGCCCCCCGAGGCUCGGAUUCCGAAGAAGCGGUGGCGCCUCUACCCUUUUAAAAACGACGAGUUCCUCCCGGUCAUGUACAUUCACAGGCAGAGCGCUUACCUCCUGGGCAGGCACCGCAGGAUUGCAGAUAUUCCCAUCGACCACCCGUCCUGCUCAAAGCAGCACGCUGUCUUCCAGUACCGGCUUGUGGAGUACACUCGUGCCGACGGUACGGUCGGCCGGAGGGUCAGGCCGUACAUCAUUGACCUCGGCUCUGGCAACGGCACUUUCCUCAACAACCAGCGGAUUGAACCUCAGCGUUACUACGAACUGAAAGAGAAGGAUGUGCUGAAGUUCGGGUUCAGCAGCAGGGAGUACGUUCUCCUCCACGAAUCUUCAGAUAAAUCUGAGGCCAACACAAAGGACGAUGAUGAUGAGGAGGAGAAGGAGGAAGAGUCUGACAGUUAACAGAUGAGGAGGAAACUGGGGGGGCGGGAGCAGGGGAGAGAAACUUUUUCAAGAGAACAUACGUUGGGAUGUAAACAUGGGAGCAUCAAAGCACUGAUGCCCCUUAUUGCCUUAAAGUCCUUCUGUUGCUGAUCAGUUGUCAUGCUUUAUUUUGGGGGGACUUCGCUGAUUAUUCAUCUUUGAUAGUUCUGCGUUUCAGGAAAUCCAGCUUUGUGUUUUCUUUUUUUUUUUUUUUUUUUUUUUUUUUCCCCCUGACAAGCAAAAAGAGCACCUGGAUGUGAAUGUUGUGAUGCUGGAAAUAUUCAGCAAACGUUAAAAGACUUCUCUUUUAGAAAACGAUGUAAAACGCAGCGAGCAUAUUUAAAACUAUUUUUAUUACCUGUUUUGUCAUAACCCUUUGAAAAUGCUACUUAACUGAGAUCUUAGUUAGGAGGUGACCCGAUACACUUUGUAACGUGUCUUGUUUGGUAGAGUUUGCCAAAUCUCUUGCCAGGUUAGUUCUAGACAGGACAAUUUACCAGCCUUCCUACUAAAAAGGCACAAGUGUUGCAAAGCCCCCCUUGCGUCUGUAUGUUUUGGGUAGUUAGAUUGCAUUACGAUAACUUUCAGCCGUGGGCAUUUUACCAGACGACUCCCUGGAAAUUAUAACGCAAAUGGAAACUGAAGGAAGCGCUUCCUCGAAUUUUAGGUUACAGUAACUUGAUUUGGGAGGGCUGAGGCCCGGGUCGGUGUAUGCCCAGCGUGUGUUGCAGCAGAGGAUGCUGAAACUGUUACUGGGCGUUGAAUAUCUAGUCCUAAAGGUAGGGCCUUUAUCUCCGACAGCACCACUGCCCCGCGAGUAACUUCUUGGUUUUGUUUGUAUUACGUAUAGUACCUGUUCUGUGGUGGCAUGUUUUAACCAGUUUGCACUAUUUAAGUUUUUUUUUUUUAUAUAUAUAAAAAGUUAAACCGCCAUUUGUUUAAAAUAUUCUUCUACCCCCACCCUGUAAAUGAAAACAAUACUUUAGGAAGAGAAAAACCGAUUCUACUUACUGCAAGUACUUGCGUCUUGCAUAUUUUUGGAUGUCUACUUCCCAUGGUUUGCUUUACGAUGUAAGAAGUGUAAUGUUUUCCACACUGUUUCCUAAUUUGCCUGGAUGUUUGUUCUGUGGUCACACAUGCUAUUCCUACGUGCUGUGUAUAUACUUGGUGUAUGCAGGGGCUGCAUACUGUAUACACAGGCUAGAACAUUGAUGGUGUAAAUAUGGGGCAUUGGCGUAGGUUUUCAAGCAGUAGGCAGAAUGAGUUUUGACUAGGAGGAUCUCCUUUAUAUAUACUCCAGGGGUUUUUAAAUAAAGAAUUUGUAAAUUUAGCCCUAAUUCCUUUUAGUUAUGAGAUUUUUCUAGUGUCCCUCUCUUCCUUUAUAUUCCUUGAAAUAGGUGCAUUUUGUGUUUUGACAAGCCUGGAAAGGUGAGAGAGAUGCUGAAGGUAUAAAUUAUCACAGCUGUGACGUUCAACAAAGUGGUUCAGCGGUUGGAAAGUGUAGAAUUAACAAAUACCAUCCUGUUGUAACUCAUGCAACUUUUUUGUUACUUCAGCAUUAUCUUUUAGUAAAAGCAGGACUGAAUAGAUGGUGCCACGUUACCUCAGGACUGGUAAGGUUGCAGCUGCCUCAGUUACAGGUCCUGUGUCAAUACCCUGAAGAACCACGGGGUGUGUGUGUGUGCUCUGUCGGACUGCGUGCACCGUGGGCACACUACCACCGAUUGCCACUUCCCCAGCACCUCUGACUUUGACCCUGCAGCACCCACAGCAAUUGCGGUCUGCUACCUGUGUGUCUUUCGUCCCAUGCUAUCAAAGUACUCGUUUCCAUGUUAAGAACGUGAAAGAAGUUUUAAAAAGAAAAGUUUGCGUGAUUUGUGUGCUGCAGGUGCUGUGAGGUUGGAGGACGGUAAGGGCUUGUAGCGCUUUUCUUUGCUCAGGCCUUUCUGAGCUGAGCGUGCAGCAGGUAGCUUAGUGCUGUGUCCGGGCUGCUUGCCCUUGGAUGCAGACAGGCUCUUGCUAGGAAACAGCUGGGGUUUAAGCCAGGGAUAUCAGUAGCACGAAAGGGCAAACCAGCCCAUCAAGUCGCACUUAUUUCAGAGCAUUUAAAUAAACUAGCAUAGUUUACUAGAGACUUGAACCCAACUAAAAAGUUCAAAUCAGACAAAAAUGUGUGCAGAGUAUGCUCAGCUACUUCUAGAACAUGUUGAAAUGAUCCACUUGGGGUUAUUUCUUCACAAAGGGAAGUCAUGAAGAUGGAAUCCUUACAGCUGAGACAGAGAAGAGAGAUGAUAUUGUCUUGCUUAAAUGAAACUUUUUUACUUUUUCA